AUGAAAUCUCUUGCCAAUAAGAAAAAACAGAGGGCUAUCAGCAGUUUCUUCACACCUGCCGCAUCCAAACAAUCGCAUACUCCUCAAACGCCCAUAGUUGACGCCUCCACAAAGAGAAAACUCGACAGUUUUCUGCAUGAGAAUGAUUCGUCUUCUCCAAAGAAAUCACGAAGUGAGGGCCAAUUGAGGGCCAUCCCAACAAAAAAGGUAGUUGAAAAGUCGUCCCAUUUCACUCCGAAAAGCAUUUCAACCUUCUCUGGACCGUCAAAGACAAAAUUGACCCCUUUGGAGAAACAGUUCAUCGAUCUCAAAAGGCAGCACCAAGACAAGGUUUUGGCAAUCCAAGUCGGAUACAAGUUCAAGUUUUUCGGACAAGAUGCCGUAAUAGCGUCCCAGCUACUCAAUAUUAUGCUUAUUUCAGGCAAUUUGGACCUCGACGACCGCACACAUGAGCGAUUUGCCUACUGCUCCAUUCCAGACAAUAGACUCCAUAUUCAUCUUCAGAGAUUGCUCAACCAUGGACUAAAAGUUGGUGUUGUCAAGCAAACUGAGACUGCAGCCAUCAAAUCAGUGGAGAGUUCAAACAAAAGUGGACUUUUUGAGAGAAAGGUUACAGGGGUUUAUACCAAGUCGACUUAUAUGGGCGAUGAGAUUCUCACUGGCGACCCAACGCUCAACAGAAGUGCCAAUGUGGAGACUGAUGAGGGAAGCACCUUCAUACUCUGUAUUAACGAACUGAAACAUCCGAAGAUAUCCAGCUUGGUGGCUGUCGACCCAGCGAUUGGAGAUAUCGUUUAUGAUGAGUUUCCUGAUACUUUCACGCGAGAUGAGCUAGACACUCGAUUGCAAUUUUUGAAGCCCAGUGAGGUGAUUGUGAUUGGGAAUGGCGAAAGUGUCUCUCCGGAGACGAGAAAAGUGCUACGGUCGAAUAAUCCCAUGGUGAGUAUCACAUACAUUAAGCAGAAAAAAGAGAGCGAAAUCCAAGCUGCAUUGUCUGAUUUCUUUAUCGAUGUGAACGAAGAGGGUAGUUCAGCGCAUUUGGCAGAGUAUUAUUUUCUCAAUUACUCUAUCUCCAUCCAAAGCUGCAUCCACGAACUUAUUCAAUAUCUUGCUGAGUUCAAACUCAGCAAUAUAUUCACCAUUGCAUCCAAUUUCUCCAGUCUAACAGACUCUCGCAAGUGUAUGCUAUUGCCAGGGAACACUUUAAAAGCAUUAGAUAUAUUUGAAGUUCAGGACGAGCCAACUUCCAGAAAAGGCACAUUACUUUGGCUUUUAGACCAUGCUUACACAAGAAAUGGCUCCCGUAUGUUGAAAAGAUGGAUUCAUAGACCCUUAGUGUCCAGAGAAGAUAUCGAGGAACGUCUAAGAGCUGUUGAUACUUUCAAACUGGGCGGAUUUUCUCACUUGGUGGAUGCAUUAAAAAGUGCCAUCAUAAAAAUCGGAAAAUCAGGCACUGACUUGGACAAACUUCUUAUCAAAGUCCACUAUUCGGCCACUUACCUAUCAGAGAAGAUGUCCCGGAAAGACGUGUACAUGAUGUUAAAGAAUUUUCUGGAUAUUCUUGAUGUCUCGAAGAAUUUUGGUCAGAAGGGAAUCGCCGAUUUUGAGGCCACAAAUAACUCUCAAAUGAUAUCCGAUAUUCUUCAGAAGCUACAAAAUUUGAGCCAAGAGCCAGUGGUGUCCGAUUUAUUGGAGAUGAUCAACGCUAGUGCAGCGUUGAAUACAACCAAUUUGAACGAGCAGAAGAUCCAUUUUUUCAACCUCAGCAACCAGAAAUUCGAUUCAGUAGCCAUCCAAAUAGACCAAAUCGCACUGAUCGAAUCCGAGCUUCAAGAGGAGCUAGAGAGUAUCCGGAAAUAUCUCAAGAGACCGCAGCUAGCAUUUGUUACGAACCUAAAGGAUACACAUCUCAUUGAGGUACGCAAUGGAAAGGCCGUGGAUGCCUUGCCCUCUGAUUGGGUGAAGAUCAGUGGCACGAAAUCUGUUUCUCGAUUCCGGACACCUGCUGUCUCUCGGUUGCACAAACAACUACAGUAUCAUAACGAUAUGGUGUUGAAGGCCGCUGAUAAGUGCUUCAAUGAGUACUUGAAAGAGAUCGACUCACACUAUGAGUACUUCAACCAAAUAGUAACCAGCAUUGCAACCUUGGACUGUUUAUCGUCGCUAGCGAGAGCAAGUGCAUCUCCUGGUCAAAAUUAUGUCAAGCCAUCGUUGGUGGACGAGCAGUUGAUCGACAUAAAACUGGCCAGCAACCCCAUUCUCGCAUCAUUGUCUCUGGACUACGUUCCAAAUGACAUUGAUAUCUCUUACGAUGAGAACAGAGUACUUAUUCUCACAGGUCCUAAUAUGGGAGGAAAAUCGUCGUAUGUCAAGCAGAUAGCGUUGUUGGUGAUCAUGGCGCAAGUUGGAUGCCAACUCCCAUGUACCAGUGCCCGAAUGGGAAUCUUUGACUCUAUAUUUAUUCGCAUGGGUGCAUCUGAUAAUAUCUUGAGAGGCAAGUCUACGUUCAUGGUGGAGAUGUUGGAAUCUUCAAACAUUAUACAGAACUACACAGACAAAUCACUUAUUAUUCUUGAUGAAAUUGGACGAGGAACUGGAACAAGCGACGGUAUCUCGCUAGCAUAUGCGAUUCUCAAGUAUAUCAUCGAAGACCCCAAAAAACCGUUGACUCUCUUCAUCACUCACUACCCUUCAUUACAUGUUCUAGACAAGUUCGAGGGGGUCAAUAAUUAUCAUAUGGCGUUUAUUGAGAAGACAUUAACAGAAGGAAAGGAAAAUGACUGGCCGGAAGUCAUUUUCCUCUACAAGUUGGUUCAAGGCGUUGUAUCGAACCUGUAUGGACUUAACGUUGCCAAGUUGGCAGGAAUUGACACGAAUAUUAUAGAAAACGCAUACAGAGUUUCCGAGGCCAUGAAAAGUCUGGUUGAAAGAAAAACCAUAUUAGAUUCCCUUGGAAACUUAACAAGGGCCAACGCUGGUGAGACACUCGCGGACAUUUGUGCCAAUAUAUAA